AUGGUCGACUGCGCAGCAGCUUCAUGCCAUUGUAUCCAUUUCAAGGUCGAGCCUCUCGGGUGGUUCACUGGUAGGGUGAAGCUUCUGGAGCAGCAAGACGUCUCCGACAACAACUUCCUGAUUUCUAUGUUUAGCCGGACAUGUGCUGGACGCUGGAAGCCGCUGUCUGAUUUGAUCUUCAAUGAUGGUAUGAUUCACUCCAGAAAAUCCCUACUCAGCCUGAUUAAUGUACUAUCAAAAGCACCGCCCUUGAAAUUCCAAGUCUUGUUGAGUGACUUACUGGAAAAGGGCCUUUUAACAAAGGAUGGCUAUCGACAUUAUAAACAAUGCGAGCCUGAGGACUUGCCACGUACCAUCCUGGUAUCUGUUCUUGGCAAAGAGGACAGUUACUGUCAAGCAUUUCUCUCCCUCCUCAGCACCCAUUUUCCAUGGAUUUGUGAGGCGUUUCAACAAGCCUCCAACGACAAAGAUCAAACAUACAGAAAUGGGCAAGCAGGAAACAUGAGAAACCAAAGCUGCACCAUAGAGUUACCACCGUUGAAAGACUAUAGCAUCUUGGAUUCAUCACAGGAGGAUCACUGCUCAGCACAGAUGGCACUGCCCAGCACCUGCAGUCAGAAUGGAGAAGCAACUUGUGGAACAGGUCUUGAUGUUGAACUGUACACAGAGAUUUUAGAGGACUUCUGUGAACUGGAUAGAAAUUAUGACCAUUAUGAAAACGGUAUUGAAGGAAUUUUAAAGUAUUUACAGGAUCCACGGCCACUAAACACAAUAGCACUGGAGCAAUAUUUUGGUGAAGAAAUAUUGCUUGAAACACAAGGAGUGACAGUCAGAAGCACUCCGUUAAGUAAUGCUGUUUCACCAGACUACAGUGCGUAUUCUGCAGAUAACGAAACAGCCUGUCAGAAUUUCAUUGCCCCAUCUGAGACCAAAGCAAAAAGCAGAAAAAGAGCUGCUGAUGGGGAUUAUCCGGGGGGACAGGAAGUUUCUUCUCACGAUUCUGCUCGUUUCAUGGAUGCAACGAAAGUGAAGUGUUUAAGAAGAGAUGAAGAGAACCCACCUCCUUCUCCAGAACAUUCCCCCAAGACAUCGACAACCUACCCUUCAGGCAUCAGCCACCUAAAGGAACUGAAAAACCACGUUGCACAGAUUGGAUCAGAUGCUUACUCUAAGUCAGAUUUGCUGAUUUCAGCCAACAGCAACGACUCGAUUGUUAACGGCCCAGUUGUCAGUUCUGCCGGUAUACAGUUUUUCCCGCCAUAUGCACUUCCGCAGCAAGUUAUCAACAUGCCUGUCAAUGGAGCAGUUCAGCCAGGAGCCUCCACCUGCAUUUUAGUUCUAAACAAGAGUUUAGCCACUCUUGAGAUUGCAACACUGCUGCCGACAUCACCUGUGCGUUCCCCAGCUCAUUCAACGCAAGAGGUUUCUCCCCAGAACAUUUCAGUGACACCAUGGAACACUUCGAGCACAGACUUUUCCGUCAGUCCUGUGGACAGUCCAACUACUCCAGACUUCUCCCGUCCUCAAUCUAUCAAUAACCAGAGAUCACCAGAGUCCAGGACCAAAGUUCAGCCUAUGGAUAGUCCAAAUGCCCCCGUUUCUGAAGACAGUGAGGGGUCAUAUCCCGGAAUAGAGUUGUCUGGUGAGGAAUCAUCGGAACCGUCGAGUCCAACGAUCAAGAUGUACACCCAAACAAAAGCUGUAGAAGCUUGCACAGAAACCGUGAAGGAAUAUUUGAAAGACAUGAGCCAACACUCUUACAUUUGCCACGAGCAUGAUGAAAUGCUUCUUGAAGACAUUUAUGUGGAUGUCACCAUGAUCAAGGGUGAAGCUGAAAAUAAGUCUGCAAAAAAUGCCACCAGGUGCUUGGAUAAAGAAUGCAGGAUCUAUGAUAUAGCAGAACGAGAAAGAGGUGCUGUGACCAUGAGCAAUCUCUUUGACAACCCAGGAAGACGACAGAGAGAAACAAAAAUAGUUGCAUUACUGGGGAGAGCGGGCAUUGGUAAAAGUGUGCUCGUCCAAAGAAUCUGCCACGACUGGGUGAAUGGGGGCUUCAGGCAGUUUGAGUUUGUUUUCUGGUUUAAGUGCCGGACGCUCAACUUUGCGAAGCAGUACACUUUAAAGGAUUUACUUUUCCAGGCAUUUCUUCCUUCAUUAAAGAACACAGAUGAAGUCUUUCAAUAUCUUUGCCACAGCCCACACAAGAUUCUCCUCAUUUUUGAUGACUUUGAAGAUUUCCAAGACCACGAGGGCCUCCUGCAGCCCACGGCUUGUGGUUCGACAGAGCAACCUCACACUGUCAAACAGCUGCUCGCGGGCCUUCUUCAGAAAAAGCUGCUUAAGGGAUGCACUAUGCUUAUCACCGCAAGACCGAAAGAAACCUUCAACCAGUACCUUGGCAGAGUGGACAAGAUUGUGGAAGUAUUGGGCUUCAGCCCCUGUCAUAUACAGGAAUUCCUGCACAAGUACUUUGACGAUUCAUCCUUAGCUGUUGAAGCAAUGGCAUGUCUUCAGGAGCACCGGUACCUGUUCAGCUUUUGCUACAUCCCUUUAUUAUGCAGGUUUAUCUGUUUUGUUCUCAAAGCCACUCAUCGGACUGGCGACAGACGUUUGGUAUUGCCGUCAACUCUCACUAAUUUAUUUCUGAACAUAUUUCAAAUCCUCCUCCACCAUAAACCCCCAACUUUCCUACAGACCCAAAAUGUCAUUGCCUUGCACAAGCAGAAUAUCCUGGAGUUGAGCAAACAUGCCUUCACGGGAGUCCAGCGCCACCAAUGUGCAUGCGUGGACUCCAGGUCAGCAGAGAUGUCAAACUUUGCCUUGAAGCAUGGCCUUCUUAGGCCUUUCUUAAUGACUGGAGAAGGAAAGGAGCAGGAAUGUGGGAAAACCUUUUCGCAUUCUUCCCUGCAGAACUUCCUGGGAGCAUUGUAUUUAUUGUUUUCUGAAGAUAUCAAGUGCAAAGGGCUGACAAAAAUCAUUUCUCUGGAGCACAAAAAGCGGAAAUCUCAAGAGGACUGGCUGGACAUGGUUCGCAGGUUUGUGGCAGGUCUGGCCUUCCUGGAGGGAGGUGCACUUCUGAACUGUUUCUACCAUAAUUCAAAGGCGAACGUUAGAAGUAAGAAGCAAAAGAGCCUGCAGAAAUACUUGGCAGAGCUCGAAGUCGGUACGCUCAGCAUGAGUAAAUUGUUGGAGUUCUGUCAUUGUGUUUAUGAAACACAGAGUACUGAGCUGACUGCACGAGUAGCUGCUAAACUAAGUAAGAAGUUGUCCUUCAGAGGUACACGGCUGACUCCGCCUGACAUCUUCGUGCUGCUGCAUGUGAUGCAGAGGUCCCCAAAUAACUUUGCUGUUGACCUGAGGGACACGAGCAUUGACUUGCAAGGAAUCAAGCAGUUCACUGAGUUGAAAAAUGUGACCUCGUUUAGAGUGUCGGUGUAUGAUGCAAUAAAGCUUUGGGAACAUUUGGAGCAAAGUGAAUUACUUGAGCUGCUCUGUCUGUCUCUUCUUAAGUUUUCUGUCGAUCCUUUUGAGAUCAAGAGUUUGAAAGACAUUGAUGACCUUGAUUUACUGGUACAAAUUCAUAAAGAUCGAAGAUUCCUUUCAAGUACACACGACAUAUCUGGAGGUGAACUCUAUGAGUUACCCGCUGUCAGGACACUACAAAUGCUAGAGUUUGCCCUCGGCCCUGUGAACGGACCUCAGGGGUUUCGAAAACUAACUAAGAUUCUACCAGCUCUGGCAUUUUUGAAGUAUCUAGAUCUGGAAGGAUCGAGCUCUCAGAAAGAUAAAAUGAGUGAAAAUAAAAUAGGCGAUGAAGGAGCUGAGAGAUUGGCGGAGGUGUUGUCGAAUUUAACGUCACUGGAAAAGUUGACAUUGGCGCGUAACCAGAUAGCAGACCGAGGGGCACAGGAGCUGGCUAGAUCUCUUCCCAAACUGAAGUUCUUAAAGACACUGAGUCUAUAUGACAAUGUCAUUGGUGAUAGAGGGGCAGAGAAACUAGCAGAAAUACUCCCAAUAAUGAAAUCGCUGAAAGUUCUGGAUGUUAAAUUCAAUAAAAUCACAGAUGCUGGAGCCCAGAGAUUGACCCAGAGCUUAAAGAAUUGUCCCCAUAUUGAGACGAUAUGGCUGUGGAGCCCUACAAUUACACACUGGAUGUCUGAAUACAUUCAACAGAUUGAUGUCAGAAUUAAUUUACAGUAGGCAAUUCCUUUUGCUCAGUAUUUUAAGAGAAGGCACAAAUCAGUGGGAUUUUGCAGGGGAAAUCCAUGCUCUUCACCUUUCUUCAGACUAAAUUGAAAACCCACAAGCUUCCACAUUGGUGUACUGGUUGUGAGGCGGUACCAGUGACAUCAUCAGACGUCUUAUUCACAGAUUGCUUUCAUCACCAUGAGCAACCAGGAAUAGCAAUGAAGAUUUCACCAUGUCUAGCAAAAUAAGGAGUUCAGAAGAAACUUCUUUCCAUAGAGAGCGUUUGGGAUGUGGAACUUGCUACCACACAGACUAGUAGAGGUGAAUAUGCAAUUAAGGGGAGGCUACACAAGUACAUGGGAGAAAUGAAUCAAGAGAUAUAAUGAUACGCUGAAAUCACAUAAGGUGAGAGGAGGCUUGUGUGAAGCAUAAACACCGACAUAGAACUGUUUGGCCAAAUGGCCAAUUUCUGUGUGGUACAUUUUAUGUAAGACCACAACAGAUUUUUCUCCCUUGCUUGUCAGUGGACCUUAUACCAAGAGGUGAAAGUUGAUCAGGGUGUUUUUAUUUUGAGAACUUCACAGUCACUGUCAGGAUGGACCUUGGAGAGAGCAACACAGUCCAACCUGUACCAUCUCCCCUUUGGGAGUGGAGCCAUAUGCCAAUCGUCCUACAGAUUUAUUGUUCCCAACAUUAACAAUUAAUAUAAUGAAUUGUGUUGUUGAGCAUAUUCUUUGGCAUAUGUGGAAAACAAAUUAAGUCAUUGAGCAAGAUUUGCACUAAGUGAAUUUUCUACUGCACUUGGUUACUUAGUUAUAGGGCAGAAUUUUACACUAAUUGGGCGGGCGUGUGCCCAACCUGAUUGGACGUGAAACCGCGCAAGUUGGCGUCGGGCAAGCGUCCCAAUGCCAUCCCGUGCUUGCGUGAUAUUUUGGUCGGUGAGUGCACACAUAAGUCAGAAGCGCGCCCGCUGACAAUUAAGAAGCCCAUUAAUGGUGCAAUCGCCUGUCAUUUUAUGUAGCCUGUUCAACCUUACAGUUGGCAGACGGGCAAAUCGGCCAUGCAGCCUUUGCAUCUUCAACAAACCUCAUCCAUGGACGGGAUGAGAUUUCCGUGAUGACAUAACAUAUCAAUAAAUCCCCGUGGAUAGCAUUUUCAUAAACUAAAUUUUCGGGUGACUGACUGUGAUGCGUGGACACUUUUUUUUUCAAGUUUUGAAACCUUUAUUUGUGCUGUUUCGGGUCUUCAGCUCCCCGAGGCAGCUCUCUGCCUUCAGGGAGCCAUCUGUCAGUGCUGGCCUGCAUCCUCAUUGACGUCAUGGCCUGCCCUCUUCCCAGCGGCGCUGAGUUUUUCAGUGCACGUUUCACGCUGGCUGGCUGUUAAUUGGCCAGUCAGCAUGAAAUCGCGUCUGGGAGCCGAUUGUGGUUGGCGAUCCGUUUCCCAGCUGUUCCCGGGCCCACCGAUUACACCUGCGCACCCCCCCACCACACCCACCCACCCCCCCGAUCUAAAAAUUCAGGCCAUAGUAUUGGUAGUUGGUUGCUGCUGUUUAACCUGUAUUGAAAGAAUCACUUUAGCACGCAUUCUUUGACGGGAAUAUACCGCCUUUUAUGUAUAAAGCUUCCCAAAGCCGUUCACAGGGACAUUAUAAAAUAAAAUUUGACACCGAGCCAAUUAAGGGCAGGUGAAAAUGGGCAGAUCAAAAGGAGCUUAAUCAAACAAAUAGAUUUUAAGGAGUAUUUUAAAGGGAGAGAAGUUGGGAAAGGAAUUCCAGAGUUUAGCGCUGUGGCACUGGAAGGUAUGGGUCACCAGUGGUGAAGUGAUUAAAAUCAGGCGUUCCCAAGAAACCAAAAUUAGAGGAACGCAGGUAUCUUGGAGGGUUAUGGAGCUGCAGGAGAUGACAGAGGUAGAGAGAAGUGAGAACAUGGAGUAACUUGGAAAGAAGGAUAAGAAUUUUUAAAUUCAUGUAUUGCUUAAUCAGGGGCCAGUGUAGGUCUGUGACCACAGGGUGAUGGAUGAAUGGGAUGUGGUACAAGUUAGGUCACAGGCAGCCAAAAAAGGCAGCUGAUUUGCUGAACGUUGUCAUAAAUACUGCUGCUUUAGUUAGAGGAAGUUUAAGACACGUUCAAGAAAUAAAUGCCCAAGACUGUAUUGAUUUAGUAAUGUAUUUUAAUAAUUGUUAAUCAAUUUGCCUAAGGACCAAGUUUCAAGUGGUGUUGAUAUGAUAUUAUCCAGGUUUAUUUGUGUAGCAGUUAUUUAUUGGAUAAGGGGUAACAUUACUCAAAACAGUUAAGGAGUCACGAGCAGUUUAUUGAGAAGCGACAGUACAGAUCCAACAUAUAUCGGAAUAUACGUGAAAGGGUUAACCGUUCCUGGAUCGGAUGCACAGAUUGAUGAGGCAAGGCGGUUUGAACUCAAUGGGCAGCAUUUUCCCAGCAGGUUGUGGGAGGUGUGGGGGGAACCUGCUUGCCGAUGCAUAAAAUGACACGUGGUGACGUUGGGCAGGUGUGUCGAUGUCACACACGUCAUGUAGAUUUUCAGUUCGGCAGACACGCAGCUGACUCGGCUGCGCACCCACCGAACUGUCAAAGGCUCAUUAAGGCCUGUUAAGAAGUAAUUAAAGCAUUUAAAUGAGCUGCCCGUCCAACCUUAAGGUUGGCGGGGGGACAGGCAAAGAGCCCAGGCGGCCUUCGUUUGUUUCAUGGAACCUCAUCCACGGGCGGAAUGAGGUUUCAUGAAGUGU